AUGGCGACAGCUUCACCCUCCGACCAAACGCUGGUACCGUUGCUCCGGUCUCCGUCUACCUCGACCCUAGGCCCAGCGAGCUCGACAAACUCCCUACGCGAUGCCUCCCCCGAUCCGAUGCGCCGGCGCAAGACGCGGUUCCUACAGAGCCUGUCGUUCGUGUCCGCGGUGCUCUCGGCGCUGUGCGCCGGCUCUAUCACAGUAUUCUCUCUAUAUGCGCCGCGAUUCCAGUCGCGGCUUCAUUUCUCCCAGUUCCAAAUCAACGGGAUUGCCUCGGCCAUGAGUCUAUCAAUGUACAUCCCGGUACCCUUGAUCGGAUACCUGUGCGACCGCGUCGGUCCGGGCCCGCUGUCGCUACUGGCGGUCGUGCUUCUUGCCGGCGGAUACGGGUCUGCCGCUGCGUUGUACCACAAAGGCGAGGUUGCGUCACGCACCGCUGGGCCAGACAGCAGCCAGGGGUUGGUUCCGUACAUGAUUGUAGCAUUUGUGCUCAUAGGAGUAGGCACCGCCUCUAUGUACCUGGGCUCUAUCACGACGUGCGCCAAGAACUUCGGAAAGAGCAAGUAUCGGGGCCUCAUAUUGACGGCUCCGAUGGCUUCUUUCGGGUUGAGUGGCAUUUUGGUCAGUCAAUUUGGUAGUCACUUCCUAUAUGAAGUGCUUCCUGACGGCUCGAGAGGCGAAGUCAAUGUCUUCUAUUUCUUCAUCUUCUUGGCCAUUCUGCUCUCCGUGGCAGGCCUGUUUGGCUCGGUCGCCUUGCGCAUCAUCGACGAGGAUGACCUUAUUGAUGGAGCUGUUGAGGAGUUGGAGAGGAGUGGACUUCUUGAUGGAAGUGAGCUGUUUCGAAGGACUACCUCUGGCCGUACCUAUGGUGCCAUUGAUGGUGCUAUCGACAAUGCGGAGGAUGCUGGCAUCCUUGGCCCGCUGAAAGAUGACGAGGAUGAUGAAGAUAAUGCGUUGCUCAAAAAGACAUGGUUACUGAAUGCCGAAACGCGACGAUUCCUCACUGACCAUACAAUGUGGUGGUUUGCUCUCGGCUUUUGGCUGAUCAUCGGGCCGGGAGAGGCUUUCAUCAACAACUUGGGUACAAUCAUUGGAACAUUAUACUCUCCGGGGGCCACCGAUGACAACACCACUGCCGCGACGCAUGUCUCUAUCGUUGCUGCUACCAGCACUGUCGCCCGCCUGCUCACUGGCUCUCUCAGUGACCUGGUAUCGCCGACCCCCCAGAAUCAGUAUCCUCAGACGGGAAUGAACUCCCAGAUCCUACCACCCAGACGGCGAUGCACCGUAUCACGUGCCAUACUUAUGCUCAUCGCUGGACUGCUCCUGUCCAUUGGAACCCUCAUCCUGGCCUCCGGGUUCAUCCAGGGCCAUGGAGACCGGUUCUGGCUGGUUUCGGGGUUCAUUGGCGCAGGCUACGGCGCCGUCUUCAGUUUGACUCCGAUCCUUGUUACCAUUAUUUGGGGCGUAGAGAAUUUCGGCACGAACUUUGGGAUCGUUGCCGUCUUCCCUGCGAUCGGAUCUACCAUGUGGGGGCUGAUUUACUCCGCUGACUAUCAGAAUGGAGCGAGAAACUCACCAUCAGUAACAGAUGGUGCUGACGAUGAUGUCUUCUGCUACGGACAGCAGUGCUACUCGUCCACGUUCUGGGCCAUGACCGCAAGUAUCUGGGUUGGUUGUUUCAUGAUACUCUGGGCAUGGAAAGGCAGAGAUGGGUGGACAAAGCGAGGAGUUGUUAUAUGA